UUUGCGCAUCAAGCAGGUUCUAAUGGCAACUUUACGCGGUUGGAGAUUUGUUGGCUUUGUGUCAUGCAUUGUCGGAGCAAUUGGAAUUACUCUAUAUCCAGUUGUUGUGGAUCCCAUGAUAAACUCAAAAAAAUAUAAAUCUCUACAAGAGCAUAUCAGCAGCCAUGCUAAAUAAAAGUAUAUAAUAGUGCAAAUAAUAUGUAUUACAUUGCGAUAUAUCCUCAAGUGUAAAUAAAUAUUAUUAUUCUUAUACCAUAACUAAUUAUUGCGCAAAGAAAUGUGAACAGCUGAUUUUAACGCAUUUUGCAUAUGUAUUUGUAAUUGACCGGCUUACCAAUUGAUAAUAAAUAUAUGUACGUACAAAAAAAGUUAAAAAUUUCAAGCUUUCUUUGCAUUCGAUAAGAAAUGAUCGUAGCGUGAACAUCGCAACCGGCUUGACAUUCUUAUCAGUUCCAU